AUGUCGACGAACAAUGCUAAGGCAGAGCCCUUGGAAGAGCCUCAGUUAAAGCCUGUAAGGCUUAAAAAACUACCUACAUUGGACGAAGUUUCGGCAGCGACAAUCGACAAUCCUUUGCAAAGUAUACUGGGUAAAGCAAUUGCAGUGCAAUUGAAGGCCAUGAAUAAAAAUACUUGCAUGUCUCAGUUUGCGUUCGAAAAUGUAAUUAACCUUGUUGAAGAGAAUCUGUCCGAUAUGUUAAUGGAUCUUCACAAGAUGGCCAAUAUUCAAAGACGACAUCGAAUUUCAAAAAAGGACCUUGUACUCAUUUUACAAGGCUACGAUCUUAGCAGUUCGGAUCUAAUGCUUGAGCUCGAACGGUCCAACUUUGUCAGGUCGCAACAUGCGGCGGAUGUUCAAAAAUUGGGGGACAGCACGGCUGCUGUCGAAAUUCAAAGGCAUAAGUUUAAUUCGGAAAGUCCAGAUGCGGCUAAAGCUGAGCAGGAUUUGAGUGUGAUAGAGAAUGACAUCUUAGGACUUGUUCCACCUUCGAAGCGGCGCCGCAAGUACGUACCGAAAUGGCUACCAGAGUUUCCUCCAGAUCACACUUAUAGGUUCACUGCGAUGUAUAAUCGGCCCAUAACAGAUGAACGGCAAAUGCGGAAACAACUGGUAGAAGAAGCUAAGAGCUCAGAAAAGGCGCUGCUACAUUUGGUGCAAUUGGGCGAAGGCGACGAUCACAAGGCUGAAGUAGAUGAAGCGCAAAUUUUGGAACAGAGCCGACGGGAAACGGAAAUCGUUUUCCUGCAAGACAACAAACGCAAGAACUUUAUCAAAAUCAAUGAUCCUCAGGAGCUGAUGAACACGUCAAUGACGGAGAAUUUCAACGUCGAACAAUAUGCCAGAAACCGUAUUGGGCUAGUGCGAAAAAAGAUACAAGAUUAUGAAAAUCGACAGCUCAGGUUGCAAGAGGAUCCCUUUGUCAAAGCUUCCGUUUUAGUUUCACCGUUUGCACCGGACCCGAAAAAUUGUAAACAGGUGCAAAAGGAGAUCAAAACCAUGCUGAACAGGAGUUACACCGGAUUCCUUGAGUCUAUACCAAUUCUAAAAAAGAGGCGAGAAGAGGAGAAAGAACAAGCAGAAAAAAAGAGGCGUGAAAAACUUGAAGAGGUUCGUAAAAACCAGGAAGAGAAACGCCGUUCUGGUGAGGAAAUCGAUGUUUUAGAUCUGAACAAUUUGAGAGACGACAUGUUUUUCGAUGAAAUGGACAGUAGCGAAAGUGAAAAUGAAAACAAUCGUAAACAGGACGUUCAACAAGAUGGACGUAAAGAUGUAAAAGAACAGUUGCGUGGACAUGCUGACGACAGGCCUGCUCAAGAACUUGAGGUGAAAAACGAGGAUUUUAUAGAAGAUCAAAUUGACACGUCACAGCAAGAGGCACAAGCAGAUUCUAUGAUGGUUGCUGAAUUCCAAAAUGAUCUUAACUCCACAGCAUCUCAAAGCGCAGGUCCCCUGAGGGCGGUAGAUUCUAAUGAAGGUCAUGAAAAUAACGAGCCCGAUCUUUUUUCGGAAAGACAAUCAACUAUGGAAGAAGCUUUACCGAUAUAUCCAGAGAAACGCGGAAACGAUUAA